AUGAACAAAACUGGAUUCCGAGCCUGUGUCAAGGAAUUGUGCGAGAUAAGGUACGAUCCCGUAUCAGUGAGCUAUGUGGUCCCUACGGGUCAGUGGCAACAUCUAAGUCUUCAAUUUUCGUAUGUGUUCUGUAGACUUUGUCUUGUAGCAAGUAACUAGCUAUCGUUGCUACGUAUCAAGAAAAGCGGAUCAGCUUAAAGUUAAGCAGGUUUUGUUUAACGAUUAACAAUGACCGUAUAUGGCUACUUUGGAACAAUGGCGGAAACAGCUUUAAAAUACACGCGGGACUUUUCAAAAUUUCCGAUUAUCAUACGAGCGGCAGAUUUAAACCAUCGGCAAAACUAAUGAUAAGACAAAUCCUCCCCGUGGGGGUGAUUCUGGUUGAUUUUUUAGGAUGCAAAUAGUCACGGUGGGGUGGAUGGUGGGGCGACUGUAGCUUUCGUAUCUGAAGUAAAGAGGUGUCACCAUGUUUCCUUUAUAUUGCUUAAAACUGGCGAAAGAUAUAUUCAAUUAGAGGCUCACUGAACGAUGCAAAGGUGAUGAGAGCAUGUGUAACCUGGUAUUAACGUCCGAAGCCUACCACGCCAUUGAAUCAUGUAGAAGACUAUCGUCAUUUGCUCGAUUGUUUAAUGUGCGUGUAUUUAAAUUUCGCGCUGCGUGAAUGAGAUUUUGUUCUUGAUGUGCACAAAAAGGUUCAUAUUCUCCUUCCUCUAGCGUGUGAUUUAAACCUGGUAAUAACGUCCGAAGCCUCGCGCGUCGUCAUGUAGUUUUACGGGUAUCACUCUCUUACCGUAUUUCAAUUCAACCAAAGGAGUUAAAAAAAUAAUGGAGAGUGGAAAAAGUCGCACACGCUCGUCAAUUUCUCUCAUUCGACUCGACUGUUCAAUCCGAGUAUAUUUAAAUUUCGCGCUUAGUAAGCAAGAAAAACUGAAUAAUCUCCCACAAUUUCUAAAACGGCUAGUUUGAACAAAAUGAAAUAUCGCAGAGCGAACAAAGUAAUGAAAAGCAACACAUGUAAUGACCCUUCUCAUUUUAAGCGCAGGAAACAAGUAACCUAGUCUCAAUUUGUAGAGACUUUGCAUGUGAUUGACCGCGAAGGUGGUGAAAGUUCUCCAGACCAUUCAGAAAACCUAUUGAGGGAAAACCAAUCUUUGACGCUGAAUUAAAAAUUGACGCCAUUAGAUUUGUCUGACUUCCAAUCAAAGAGCCAACGAAAGUAACCUAAUCCACGCCUUCCUGUUUCUCUCUUUAUUCCUUGCACUUAAUGCUUGCGUUGCACAUUUGAGCCAACCCUUAUUUAAUCGAUGAGAUUUCAUUACUGCCUUAUGUUCGUUUUCAGGGAGCGAAAUCUACAAGAAAUUUCUUACCACGAAACCCUUACCAUUCACCAGUUCACAGUGCAUUGUUAAAUCUCACAGCUGAACAAGAGGAAAUAUUCAUUGAGUCCUUAGUAUCAUAAACUGAAGUUCAUCAUAUCUUUCAAGAAUAUGAACAAAACUGGAUGCACGUGAAGACAGUGGUAUUCUUCCGGAUAAGAAUCAACUACCGGUUAGACAAAUGACAUUUAAUAAUACAAACGGUCCUCCCGAGGUAGGACUUCACACACUGGGAAACUAAAGUGUUAUGGAAUUGCUUAAAAAGUCAGUAUGCUGACUUUCAACAACAUCAGAUAUACAUAACUCAGGAGAGGUCCUCAUCAAGACAUUUGUCUCUAAUUACUGGGACACCUGUGGUAGCCCAGUUAUAAAAUGGCUUUUUUUUUUGGUAGUCUUUUUUUUUUCCUCCACAAGAUGGAAAAAUUGCGCAACAGUACCCAGAGGUCAUUGGGCCCUCAACACCAUGACAACUACCUGUGAUCCAAUGAGGUGUUCACGUGCUGAUCACGCGUGUUACCUUGAUGAUGAUUGACGUUGUCAUGCACGGACAGGGCCGGGUCACAUGAUGAACCACGAGAUUUUUGCUUUUAAAACUCUUUUGUCAGUCGUUUUGUAUUUCAACGUGUUUGGAUUACGAUCACCUGGAGCAUUAUGGCGCAAACGCUCAAAAUACUUACAGACGCAUACACAAGUCGUAUUGUUCGCGGCCAAUCCACACUAAACAGUGCGAAUGGUAUUAAUUUCACGAUCAGAAAGGUGAAUCUUAUGUUUGUUUUCAUUGUAGUUGUAUGGAUAUUCUUUUUUAAUAAAUACGUGAUCCAAAAUCCUGUUUAAGCUUGCUUUACCAUUACUGUUAUUUACGUUAUCUACUUUUAUUACAUUGGUAAAAUCUGUGCAGACAUCACAUCAACCAACUCGCGCGCAAAGUAAGAGGACUAUAUUGAAGGCUUGAAAUUAUAUUACGAUCGAUUUUCAGCAAGAAAUGGGCCAGGAAUUUUCCACAAUAGUGCAAAUAAUCGUGAAGGUUGAUCGCGGAAAAGCCAUUGCGUGACGCUCGGUAAGCUGUAAGAUGACAUGAUAUUAUAUGCCAGACGUAAAAACUCUUCAGAUUCUCAGUCUGCAUUUUGUACCCACUCUGCAGUCUGCUGUCUGUGUUUUGUACUAACAGGUAUCCGUGGCACCAAUACAGUUUAUUUUUGGUUACAUUUAUUCGCAUAACACACAUAAUCUAUCACAAAAUACCUGUGUGCGAGGUAAUUCUACAUUUUCGUUCUCUUCCGCGUUAAUACUCUUCUUUCCUUUUGUAAGAAUGUAGACUGCUUACAAUGUUUCAAGUAAUCCACCCAACCUACAGAAAAUAACUCUUGCAUGCAUAGCAUGCCUAUGUUUUGAAAUAGGUGUAUGCCCUUGGCCAGAAUUGAGCUCACUAUUUCAGUAUACUAGUCCGACACCCGUAGUAUCGCUACAAUUGAUUCCAAGGAUCCAGUACCAUCCAGGUAUCCCAGUUACCCUGCUCACAGGGUCUAGUACUAUAUUGCUUAAAGCUAGCUAUAAAGACUGAAACGAGAGACUUAGCGAUAGAAUGAACGGGAAUUCAACUCUUGCCAAUUGCCCAGCCUCUGUCAGUUUGAAUAAUUGAUAGAAUUUCUCACAUUGUUGAAUGAUCUGUAGAGAUAAAGAGUAGGUGCAUUACGUCCUCAACUUGAGUGGAGCCUUAAGUAGAACAUAUUCUCAUGAAAAAUGCAGAACUUAACAAAGCAAUUAAAGGGUCUAAAUCUGUAAGUGGCUUUGUUUCUGAAUUAGUAAAUCGAUCUGACAUUUCCUCAUAGGCUUUCCGGGAUUCUCUAAGUAAACUAACUCUUCCAAUGCCUUGAACCAAUUAUCUUCGUGAAAUGUGUCGCUAUAGCAGCGUUGGAAUAGUCUCCACAAAACUGCUAUGUAAGCAGAAUCUUUAGGUAAAAUGUAUUCACAAUUAAAAGGAUGGAAUUAGAAGCCCUUCUUUGAAUAAUAACAUUUUAUUUUUCUCUGAAAUUAUGACGGUUACAAUUAGUUGGUAACAGGCCGUGGUAGUGUCGUUCAAUUUGGUCGAUAAUCACACUGGUAAUUGUCAAAUCAAAUUCCCGCUUUUCGGUCGUCCGGUUUUGCUAAUCGCUCGUAUGAUUACGGACCGAAUAAGACUCCGCAUAUUCCUAAUAAAACUAUUUAUCGGACGCGAAAAGAAAGGGGAGGAAAGAAUCUUCUGCUAUUCGUUACAACAAAAUAAAAACUUUUAACUUGAGAGCUAAAGAGAAGUCGCAGGCACCAGAUUUCAGCUGUUUCACACGAGUGCUUAGAGUCCAGAAAUUGUUUCCGAGAGGAACUUGUUCUUUAAGUUUCUUGGUAAUUUAUAGAGUUUAGAGUAAACACUUCAAAGUUGGGAUAAUUCUCGAAAUUUAUGAACCUUAAGAAGUCGACGAUGGUUUGCGUCAACUUUUCAGAAGAAGCUAUUUUCACACGGAAAUAGUGUUCUAUUGAUUGAAAACUAGUGUUUAUAAUCACACGGGGUUUUCUGAAAUUUUAGGUCUAUUUCACGGGUAUUUUAAGGAGACGCAGCAAUUGCAGAGGUCUCGCGGAGUUGUGAUAUUACAAAAGAUCUGGAGAAGAGGACAAGUUGGACAACACCCAGACGUAUCUUAUACACAAAACUUUAUUAUCAUUAUUUUAAAAUUCUUGGCAUGACUCUAUAUCAAAGCAACUUCAUAAUCGCUAUAAUAUGAAAAAACAUGACCUCAGUCACAAAAUGUUUACAUUAAACAGACAUUUGUAGAAGACGUUAAGGAAAGUGCAUCGAAUGCAGGCGUAAACAUAAUUCUGAAAUGAGUGAUAUCUAUAAGUUGAACCACUUCACCAGGUCCAAAAAAUAAAACACUCUUUUGAACAAAUGAAACGGCAAUUUAACUCAGUUAAAUUUCACGGAGUGAGGCCCUUCGGGUAGAAGGUCCAUGCGACAUUCCCAGCAUCACCUGCGCUCCUCGGACACGUGACCAUGAGUCUGCUCGUGCGUGGAGCCUUGUAACCUCCUUGGUUUCCCUCGAACCAACGAUAACAUUAUGGUUCAUCUUAGCACGGAUGCCCUCGCUCGCCGUAACAUUGAAGGGUGAAUUCAUAGUUUCUUGCUUGUAGUCAACUAAUAUAGUCCAGUGGCGGGUUGGUAGUGAGAGAUGUCAGGCCUGAAGAUGAAGGAGUUUACACCUGCUCAGCUGAGAAUUUGCUGGAACAAGUAAACGCCUCAGCAAAAUUAACUGUUCAGAGUAAGUUAAGCUCUCUCCAUGUGCGUGCAUUGAAAUAUUUUGUGGAUACCAGACGUGUCUCACGAAUUCGUGAUUACAAACGGACCACUUCUUAACUUUUAAGAAAGUCGUUCUUACGCUGAAAAUAUUUGAUCCUACCUACAUCUGACAUUUUUCUUCACUCGUUUUUUAGUGUUCCCAUGACCUUAAUAUUGUUUCCACUUAAUAAGGAACGGCCGUUCUAUUAAGUAUAUGUAUGAAAAAUUAAUUUAAUUCUCUUUCACUUUUUUGAAAUGAAUGGUUGAAGGAGCGUUAACUUUAUUUUCGAGUUGAAAUGCAAUACUAAAGGAAAAAACCUUUUUACUAACAGGUGAUACAAAAGAAAUAAAAUUAAUUACAGAAAGGAAAUAUCAAUUGAAAACUAUUAUGUUUACAGUCACUCCUGAGAUACAAUAUACAAUACAAUACAAUAUUUAUUUUGCCAUAUACAACAUUUACAGAUGGGAAAAAAAAAUGAAGAAAAUUGAUGACAGAGAAUAAAUGGCGAGAAAACCUGAAAGAAACCACGAGGCUUAUAACAAGUCAGGCUUUCUCACUUAAAAUAACUAAUCUUAUAUUAGAAUUACAAUAUGGACUUAUGGUAAUUAACUUUGACCGCGCACACGUACACACGCACACACGCACACACAUAUUAAGUAAGUUAGUUAAGAAUUACUGCCUUACAGAAGUUAAUACCUAGAGAGAAGAAAUUCCUUAAGCUUUCUUUGAAAAGAAGCGGAGGAGGGAGAACUAGUUAUGUCAGAAUUUAGCGAAUUAUAAAAGUUUGGACCUUGAAAGUAAAUUGAAAACUUCCUGGUGUUCGUUCUGCACAGUGGCAAGCGGAAGGACUGAGCAUUCCUAGUAUUAUAAUUGUGGAUUUGACUAUUCAGUAAAAAAAAGUUAUUGAAUUUGGAAGGGAGUGUAGAGUUCACGAAUGAAAACAUAAAAGUACCUAAUUGAAACGAAUGGAUAUCAUGAAAUUUUAAGAGUUUAAGUUCCUUAAAAAUAGGGCCAGUAUGGGCAAUGUAUGUAGAAUUGCUUACUAUUCUUAACGCACGUUUCUGUAAGGUUACAAUUCUUUGAAGGUUUGACUUAUAGGUACCAGCCCAGCUAAAUUGCAAUAAUACAAAUAUGGAAGGAUCAUAGAAUUGUAUAAAGUACGAAGGGAGUGAGUAGAGAGAAAAAACCUAGAUUUAUGAAUAAUACCUAUAGAUUUGGAUAAUUUAUUUGCUGUUAAGGAUAUGUGCGAUUUCCAGGUCAAAUUGUCAUCUAAUAAAACAUCCAAAAACAUGGUCUCAGAAACACGAAGAAUAGGCUGCUCAUUAAUGAAAACUUGAAAUUCAAAGGAUUGCUUCUUUUGCCAAGGCUUGAAUACCAUAAAAUUAGUCUUGGCUAAAUUCAAGGAGAGCCGGUUUGCUGCAAACCAGGUUGACAAUUUGUUUAAUUCUCUAUUUAAUGUGUUAAUUAGGUAAACAGGAUCAUUAUGGGAGAUAAAUAAGUUUGUAUCAUCAGCAAACAAGAUUGCAUCAAGCAGGGAAGCAUUGUUCAAAUCAUUAACAUACAGGAUAAAAAAUAAGGGACCAAGAAUAGAACCUUGAGGCACCCCACAGGAAAUCCCCUGUGGGGCAGAUCUAACGUUAUUAAAUUCGACAAAUUGUGUCCUCUCAGAAAAAUAACUCUUGACCCAUUCUAGUGCCAGACCACGGAUCCCAUAAUGAUGGAGUUUGUCAAAAAGAAUGUCGUGAUUUACCGUAUCGAACGCUUUCGAAAGAUCUAGGAAUACUCCAAUGGCAUGUUCUUUUCUAUCAAAUGCAGAAGAAAUUUUGUCACACAAAUCGAUAAGCGCAAGGCUAGGAGAGCGAUUUUUUCUAAAGCCAUGUUGAUUAUCACAUAAGACAUCGGAGUCAUUGAGAUAAUUUAUAAUACGGUUGUAAAUUAUUCGUUCCAAAAACUUUGAAAAGCACGGUAGAACAGAAAUAGGUCUGUAGUUGCUGAAGAGAGCUUUGUCAUCUAAAUCUAGAUGAUCAUUGCCAUCUAAAGAAGAGUUGGCUGAGGAAAAACGAAAUGUCGCUAUCGCUGGCAGUAUUUCUCGCCAGUCUCAUCCUUAAUACCACGUGGUCUAAGGCGUUUGGAACCUGCCAGACCAGUGGAUAGCGCUGAAGUCAUCAACAGAGCACUGACAAUUUAAACCCUAAGCAAAAAGUUAAAAGAGGAGCAUUCAUCCGUAGGGCGGAGAAUAUUCUGGGGUCAGUAGCAGCAGACACACUUCAACUCAUUUUUCGUCUGCGGUUUAAUGCUCGACCCCCGAAAGAAAUCCUAUGGCUGGCUUAACUGUGCAUCAAUUUACGUACUCAAGUAGACCCCCUCAAUGUCUCUGGAUAGAUGCGUAAAAUGAGUGUUUGACUUCUUAAAUUUGACAAACCUAUUAAAAAUGCGAAGGAUGGAAGCUUGCAUAAUUCAGAUAAUCAGAUGAAUAUUUAUUGAACGCGCUUUUCAGACUUAAAUCCAUGCCCUGGCGUUCACUGUCCAUCAUUUGGAGUCAGUAAGACUUACAGGCCACAUGAAGCUUGCUGUGAGUGUUUCAAAGACUACCCGUCAUAUCAGGACCCAGUGUGCACUGCGAAUGGAACUACGUACGACAACAAGUGCUGGCAUGAAUUGAACUACUGCAAGGGACUGGAGAAUAAUCUUAUGUAUCACACAGGAAGCUGCGAAGGUAAGAGAGGAGGUUACACAAGUAAUUCAUAAGAAAGAGAAAACUGAUUGGGACAUAAAGGUUGUUAAGAUUACUUGUGGUGGGUCUAGUAUGAUGUUUCAGUAUAUCGGUUUGAAGUGAAAACGAGUUUACCCUAACUAGCCCCCACAGCCCUACAUUCUUAUCUCUGAUUUUACUGCACUUUUUAGUAAUCCGUUUAAUGAACUCUCAAAUUGUUAAGUUACAGUGGGCAUUUUGUGAUUUUUAUUAUCACCAAAGAUAAUAAAAGAAAAUAAGUAAGCAACGAAUAACUCAGCAAUAAAAGUAAUCUUAAUUUCUUCAAAGCCAACAUUAUUAUUUAUCUUUAUCUUUAAACAUGAAAACAGGUUUUCCCAUCGAGCGUGGCCGAAUAAAACUCCUUCGAGUUCCCAAGUGGUCUGACCCAAGCUGUGAGACGGUCCUUUUUCCGCCAUUUCGCUUUUAUCCUGAUAAACCAGGGAGCACCGCUUCACGGAAUGACGGGACAUAUAAGGAUGCAGGGAUGGUGGUCUGGAACAAACUGUGCAGAUGUGAAUUUUCCAAAGGUAGGAUGGUUGGGCCUUAAACCGUUCCUCAAGUCUGCCUUGCAAUCUCCGUCAAGCUGUAAUGUCUGUGUGGGUUUUCCGCGAUGAGCUUAGCUGAGAGAAACUACACACUAAAGUAGGAAGAAAAAAAUCAAGACAAAACCGUCGGCGGAUCUAGGGGAGGGGCCUGGGGGACUCGGCUAUCCCCCCCUUCCCUUGCUAUUUUGGGUAAAAAAAAAAAAAAAAAAAAAGAGAAUAGCAAAAGGAAGAAAAGCCGGCAUGGCAAGCGACCAAAAACCGCCCCCCUCCCUAUGCUCAAGGUCUGGAUCCGCCGCUGAAAACGAAAAUAACAAGGAAUAUACGAGAUUGACGCGGACUGUAACUUACACACUUCACUAGGUAAAAUUUUUUUACGCACAUAGACCCAGAGUAAUCAAAGGCAUUUUCAAAAGCUAUUAAUAACUCACAAAUGUUCUAAAGUGUACACACCAAUGAUUUUGAGAUGUUUCUUUCUUUCUUUCUUUUUUUUAAACGCAAUUUUUCGAUUAUGUGAUUUGGAGGACAAGUUUAAGGAGGCUCCUGUGCUCCUUGUGACAGCAGAACAACUAAGGACUGGGAAAGAAUAUGACGCCCCGCUGUUAUGGACCGAGGAUUUAACUAAGAGCUCUGCCAAAAUUUGUCUCCGUGAAUUGUAGAACUUUGAUGGCAAACAUGAAGACAUUAGUGUGGUAUGCGUUAAUUUUUUGAAAAAAAUGUAGGUAUAGCUAUUUUGGAUUAUGAUGCCUUAGAUAUGAGAGUGACAAGAGAAAACACAUGUAAAAAAAGCAGGGUGCUUACAGAAAUGGGAGGCACAAUAUUCAGAAUAGUGUAUUCUUGGGAUGCCUUUCCACUUAAAUAAAACCUGAUGAAAACUCGGGUUGAUAAACAAUUUUUAACUAAAACUGAGUAGACCGCGCUUUGAUCGAGUGUCUUAAAACAAAAAACUAAAACGGCUACUUUGAACGAAAUGAAAUAUCGCAGAGCGAGCAAAAUAAUGGAAGGCAACGCAUGUAAGAACCUUGCUCAUUUUAAGCGCGGGAAACAAGUGACCUAGUCGCAAUUUGUUGAGACUUUGCAUGUUAUUGGCUUAGAAGGUGGCGCAAGUUCUCCAGACCAUUCAGAAAACUUAUUGAGGCAAAAUCAAUCUUUGACACUGAAUUAAAAAUCGACUCCAUCAGAUUUGUCUGACUUCCAAUAAAAGAGCCAACAAAAGUAACCUAAUCAAAGCCUUCUUUGUUUCUCUGUUUACUCCUUACACUCAAUGCUUGCGUUGCACAUUCGAGCCAACCCUGAUUUAGUCAAUGAAAUUUCAUUACCGCUGUGCACAUCUUUCCAAAUUAAUUUUUUACAGAACUGGCUAGCUUUUUCCAAAUUACACAAGCCAUUCUUCGCUGAACAUGGCUCUUUUUUGUUUCCAAACACAAAACCACCAAUCGAUGAAAACAACAACGCUUACUGCAAGGUAGGUGAAAGGCUACUUGGAAAGUAGUCACAAAUUUUAACUCAACCGGGAAAAGCUGGUGAUAAGAUCAGUUGUGAUUGGUGACAGUAGUGAAGAUGUCAUUUAUUUGUUUAAUGUUUCAAAUGUUGCCGUAGGGCAUACGGUUUUUCUGUUUUUUUCCUUCGUUUUAAGGAUUGUCCGCCUGCCAUGUAUGAAAUUUUUCAAAUUGAUUAUGUGAUUGCAAAUAAUUUGACUUGGCGACGAGGCCUGCUUUAGGCAAAUUCUGUGAAUAAUUCUUAAGCGCAUAGCAACCCAUCGUUACUUGUGUGCAGGUAAAAACGAAUAAACGUAUUUUCCUAAACUUUUUAUGAUGUCAUGUGCAUGAUUAUAUUCAAAUCAGCAUCCCAUUCAGGGAGAGUAGCGAUGUUGGCCCUCAAUCGUAUCACGCAGAUCAAGAGCUUCCAUGAUCUGAGUAUUUUUGGAUUUCCUUGCAGUUUUUACAUUUCAUCCGAAGUUACAAUGUAACACCAACAGUCCUUUCAUCAACCAAUCACAGCACAACAGCUCAUGGAAACUCGGCACCAGACCACAACGGAAUCACAACAUGGAUUGAGGUAAAUCAUUUCCUCAAUUUCAAACAGUAUGUAUGCAAGAGUUUUUCAACAUUGCAAGAGUUUCUGACGAUGAAUCUCCAUGACCUUCCCUACUAAAGAAAAUAACGGUUUAAAGCGUAUUUUUAUGUUCGUUUUCAGGGAGCGAAAUCUGGUCAUUUCAGAUAGUUUACUAUUGCCUUAAAUUAGUAUUUCUCAAUAUGACUAUUAACAUCCUUAUUUUAAGAAGCUCAUUUCUUCGCCGAUGAGACUUGCGCUCGUCACAUCGUCACAAUGGAGAAAAAACAUGGCUGGGCUUAAAUGACAAAUCAGUGGAGGGAAACUUCACCUGGGCCGAUCGAGGAGAAGGAAACUUUACAGCUUGGGCCAAGAAUCAACCAUAUAACUAUAAAGAAGAGGAUUGUGUACAGGCUUUUGGUGUGAAACACAAUUAUGAAUGGAACGACAUGCAAUGCAGUGAUUGUCAUCAGUUUACUUGUAAAAAAGGUAAAGGAACAAAAAAGGGUUUUCGUUCUCAAAUAAACAUCAGGAACUCUAUUUCACAGAGCAAGUUUAAUAACGAAUGUUUUUCAAAGAUUAAUCGGCAUAAUCUACUGAGAGAAAUAAACUUUAUAACCAUGAAGCUAAUACAAAGAUCCCCCUUUUGAAUCAUGAGCUAUGAUGUUAUUUAAGGGAUCGCCAUAUGGAGGAGAGAGUCUAAGCUUAAACCAUUGAGAUCCCAUUGAAUUACUCUUUACUAGAGCUUAUGUUGUAGAGUAUUUUACCUCAAUUAACGGCUCCUUUUCUUUCUUACAUCUCUAAUGUCUUCUUUAAAGAUCUGAAUGAGUGUGAAAGAAACAUCUACGGUUGUCGUCACGCGGCUACCUGUGCAAUUGAACUUGGUGCGUAUUCGUGCAAGUGUAACCAUGGUUACUUUGGAGAGGGAUUGAAAUGCUAUUUUAAGUCUUGUUCAGCUAUCAGACAACAGACCAGUGUAAGUGGAACUUAUGUCAUUGAUCCAGAUGGCGCAGAAGGACUGGCACCAUUUACAGUUUAUUGUGACAUGAGCGACAAAAAUGGGGUUGGCGUGACAGCCAUCAGUCACGACACUGAAAGAAGAACACGCGUGAAAGGUACUAACAAUUACGUACGGGACAUUCAUUACACCGGAGCAAGUCUGUCUCAGCUGGCAAGUCUCACUAAAAUCUCCUCAAACUGUGAACAGUUUAUCCAGUAUGAGUGUCAUAAUUCUUUCAUGACAGGCAUAGGCUGGUGGGUAUCACGUGACCUCCACUCAGAUGAAUUAUUGGGGCGGAGCAUCACUUGCGGAAUGACCAACUCAUGCGCAGACUCCCAGCUUCUUUGUAACUGUGACAAAAAUGACAAUGUGUGGCGUGAAGACAGUGGUAUUCUCACGGAUAAGAAUAAUCUACCGGUUAGACAAAUGAGGUUUAGUGAUACAACCAGUGUUAAUGAGGAAGAAUAUCACACACUGGGAAAACUGAAGUGUUAUGGAAUUGCUUAA